UACUCAAGGCAGAACGAGUCUCGAAGUCAGUUAGAGUGGUGUUCUGAUAGACUCUCUCUCUCUCUCUCUCUCUCUCGCUACUUACAUUUGAUUACUCUGUUUUUUGUUUUGUUUUCUGCAGUCCACCCCUACACAACAACUGACUUAUUGGAGCCGACAAAACGCCAAAGUGACGCAACAUUUGAUUUUUUUUUUUUCAAAACAUCGAAGGCGAGUGUGAAUUUUGAAGGCGAGUGGCAUGCGACUAGUGGCCCAUUGUUUCGACCAACAGGCAUAAUCUGAAAAAAAAAAGAGAAAAGAAAAGUGAUGUUUGUUUUGUGAUUAUGUGCAUCAGCUCCAAAUGGUUCGAGAACAUGUACUUGAAGCGAUGCUCUCACUCCAGUAUUUGACUACGAGUUUGCGAAUGCGCAGGACUAGCUCACUGUUUGACAUGGAGCCUUCGCUGUCUGUCCAAUGCGUGUCACGAGACGCUGCCGUGACGGCUGAGAGCGGUGGCAUUUUCGGCGGCCAGCACACGCAAACUGGCUUUCAUCGCGCGUCCAGGUGGCUCUGCUACUUGACCACCUGUCUGGCUUUCAUCCUCGGCGUUGGCGUUGGCGUCGCCCUGCCCAUGAUCUACGCGUCUUCCGCCGGCAACGAGAUCAACAACACGCUGCUCACCUCCUGGCCGAUGGCGGCCAAAUCGCCAAUCAUCGUCCACCUGCCUCUCAACGUGACUGCCAAGACGACGAAUGGCAGCCUAGCAACGCGCCCACCGGCCAAAAGCAAAUGGCAGUUGCGCAAGAAGGAGAAGGAAACGCUGACAGCGCAACGUCGAAUGUCACUCAAGUCCAGUCAGCCGGACGAGGCCGCCCUAUCGACGGAAGACGAUGCGCAAACGGCCGACGUUGUCAGCUUCGUUCAGCCUCAAACGUCUUGGGUUGCGACGGCCAGCCAAGAGCCACCACCCAAGACCAUCGUGGCUGACGCCGUCAAAGGUAUUUUCUGGUCACGUGCCGUCGAGGACGCCCUGCCCACCGGUUUCGACGAGCAAAACGCCAAAGAGUGGCGCGACUUCAGCCACCAGAAGCCCAUCGUGCGCGUCGAGGAAGGCUGCGGUCGCAUGCAAAAUCGAUUGAUCACGUUCGAGAGCGGCCGCCAAUCGUGUUGCCGCUACCGCCAAAACUACGAUCAAAUCCAAGGCGAGAUCUUCAGCUUCUAUUUGAGCCAAUUGAUCGGCUUGCGCAACCUACCGCCCUCCUCGCUCGGCCUCGUCCGUCCGCUCGAUCGCCAAUGGAUUAACGUUCAAUCGUCGCUGAGCCAAGCGCAGUGGACGGAGGACCGACCGGUCGUGUACACGCAGUUCCUCAACGACCUGGAGCCGGCCUACAUCCCCGUUCAGUUUCGCGGCCGCGAUCGCCAUCUCAAUCCGUCGGACGUUCAGCAUCACAAACUGGAGGACAAGGCGGAGCGCGAUGAGCUGAUAACGCUUGCCCAAUGGUCUGACCUUUUGGUCUUUGACUACCUGACAGCCAACCUGGAUAGAAUGGUGAACAACCUUUACAACAUGCAGUGGAAUCCGACGAUGAUGGAUUCACCUGCUCACAAUCUGUCACGCGAUUCGCGGACGGGUUUGCUCGUCUUCCUCGACAACGAGAGCGGCCUACUGCACGGCUAUCGGCUCCUGGACAAGUACGAAGUCUAUCACAAGAGUCUGCUCGAUUCGUUGUGCGUCUUUAGACGAUCCACCGUCGACUCGCUGCGACAGUUGCAGUCGAACAAGAACGUCGGCAAUCUAUUGCGCCACAUGUUCGAAACGCGCGAUCCAUCACUGUUGGAUUUCUUACCUUUCCUGCCGGAGAAGAGCAUCAAGACACUCAAUUAUCGUAUUGAUCAAGUACUUGAUCAAGUGGCCAAAUGUCAAUCUCUUUACGGUUCUUAAA